GUGUGUGGAUUAUUAAACUAUUUUGACAGUAAUUGUUUGGGUCAGGGAGCAUACCGAACUAAACAUCUUGUGCCGAAUGUUUCAGUAUGAAUACACAAACUGUUACACCCAUAAUUAACAGUAUUAUUUUGUUCUUUCAGGUUGAUGGAAAACUACACCUACAACAGCCCCACAUUACAGCUGGAAGGGUUAAAUGUCUCAAAGGAUUCUACGUACCCUGUGUUUCUCUUUCUCUUGUUCUCCUACCUGUUUAUAAUUGUUGCAAAUGUUGGCAUUGCUUUUAUGGUUUUCACUGACAAGAGCCUUCACCAGCCCAUGUAUCUCCUUUUCUGGAACCUGUCAGUCAAUGACAUCCUUGGAAACUCUAUCUUAGAGCCCCGUUUGCUUGUAGACAUGUUGAGGCCUCCCUCUGAACGCAUCAUCAGUUAUUAUGAGUGUGUGGUCCAAGCUUUUACUACACAUAUGUUCAGUACCACCGCUCACACUGUGCUCAUGAUUAUGGCCUUUGACAGAUAUGUUGCCAUCUGCAAUCCUCUACGCUAUGCUGCCAUAAUGAGUAACAAAAUGUUGAUCAAGCUGACAGUUUCUGCCUGGGGAGUGGCCUUUGUUUUGGUUGGGAUUCUGCUCGGUCUGACCAUACGGCUGAACCGAUGCAGGACUCUGAUCAGGAGCCCUUAUUGUGAUAAUGCUGCAUUGUUUAAACUCUCCUGUGAAAGUGUAUUCAUUAAUAAUGUCUAUGGCCUCACUUUCACUGUAGUCCUGUUUACAGGUUCUAUAGGCAGCAUGGUUCUCACCUAUACUAAGAUUACAGUAGUUUGUCUAACUAGUAAGAACAAGUCUUUGAACAGUAAAGCUUUGAAAACCUGUAGCACUCAUCUAGUUGUGUAUCUGAUUAUGCUGUUCAGUGGAAUGUCUAUCAUUACUCUGCAUCGCUUUCCUAAAUAUUCAUACAGCAGAAAAUUUGUUGCCAUUUUGUAUCAUAUCAUCCCUGGCAGCCUCAACCCCAUUAUUUAUGGCAUGCAGUCCAAAGAGAUACGAAGAUUUUUGGCAAAGUUGUUUGAUUCCAAGAAGGUUUUGCCAUCAUUUUAAGGAGAAUAUUCUAUGUUUAUUUGUACAUUUAUCAACAUAAAUAACAUAAAAUGUGACCCAAGAGUAGCCUUAUGUAUUCCAUGUUCAUGAGAAUGUCCCAUGUUCACAGGUGACCGACAUGGGCCUGAAUGUAAUAGAUGUUCAUUUAUAUGUAAAGGUUUGCACUGCCAACCCUCCAGUCACAAGCUCACUUCUCUAACCUUUAUGCCACCACUGCAUAUUAGAAAACAGGCACUGGAAGUGAAAUCCUAAUUGGAAUUCUGAUCGGUCUGACCAUCUAGCUGAACCAAUGCAAGACUCUGAUCACAAGUCCCCAUAGUGACAAUGCUGCUCUAUUUAGGCUCUCCUGUGAAAGUAUAUUAAUCAUUAAUGUCGAUGGCCUCAUUUUCACUGUAGUCCUGUUUAUAGGUUCUAUAGGCAGCAUGGUUCUCACAGUUUACAGUAGUUUGUCUGAGCACUCAUCUAGUUGUUUAUCUUAUCAUGCUGAUCAGUGGAAUAUUAAUUAUUACUCUUCAUCGCUUCCCCCAGUACUCAGAUUACAGGAAACUCUGCAUGAAUGAAGGAGCAGUUGCUUCAAUUUGCUGAGCAUUAUGCCGUGGUCAUUGGAGACAAACGUUUCAGGAAGAAUGGUCCAGGUAUCUUUGGAUAAUUCGUAAUUCAU